AUGAAUUCCAAUGAGCUAGCAGAUGUGCGUAUCGUAAUUGUUGGCGAGUCAGGCUCAGGGAAGACUUCGCUCAUCAUGAGCUUAUUAGAUGACGAAUGGGUUGACUUCGUUCCCAAACGGAUUGAAAGGGUACUCAUUCCAGCCGAUGUUACUCCAGAGAACGUUACCACUAGUAUUGUAGACGGGUCGUUAGAAAAGCCCGAUGAAACUUUGUUAUAUCCAGAUUUGAAACAAGCUAAUGUAGUUUGCAUAGUUUAUACUGUCACAGAUGAGUCCUCUAUCAAGAAACUGGGAGAGAAAUGGUUACCGUUGCUCCGGAAUAUCUAUGGAAGAGAGCACGAAGUCCCUGUUAUUUUAGUGGGGAAUAAAUCUGAUGGGCCUGCCAAUCACACGGAAAAAAUUUUGCCCAUAAUGGAAGCUUGGCCAGAAGUUGAGACCUGUGUUGAAUGCUCCGCUCGUACCAUGAAGAAUGUGAAUGAAAUUUUCUACUAUGCUCAAAAGGCUGUUGUAUAUCCCACUAGACCUUUGUUCGAUGCCGAAGAGAAGAGAUUAACGGACAAAUGUCGGAAAGCAUUGAUCCGUGUUUUCAAAAUUUGUGACCGCGAUAAUGAUGGCUACCUGAACGACAACGAGCUUAAUGAGUUCCAAAAGCUUUGUUUUGGAAUCCCAUUAACCUCAUCAGCUAUUGAAGAUGUUAAAAGGGCUGUGAGCGAGGGAUGUCCGGACGGAGUUGUUGAAGACGCUAUUUCAUUGACUGGAUUUUUGUAUCUACAUUUACUAUUCAUUGAACGAGGUCGUCAUGAAACCACUUGGACAGUUCUGAGAAAGUUUGGUUACGAAGGAAACUUGAAGCUAGGAGAAGAUUAUAUUUAUCCCAAGAUUAUUGUUGGAGCAGGCUGUUCGACAGAGCUUUCGCCUGUCGGAAUUCAGUUUGUAUCUGCACUCUUCGAGAAGUACGACGAAGAUAAGGAUGGCUGUUUAUCCCCGUCAGAAUUGGCAAACCUCUUCAGCAUUUGCCCAUCGGCAUCACUAGGAAAAGAGAUACUAGCUUCAGUUGAGACUAAUCAGAGAGGUUGGAUGACUUAUACAGGUUAUAUGGCUUAUUGGAAUUUCAUGACAUUGGUUAAUGUUUCACAAGCUGCUGAGCAGUUAGCUUAUUUAGGAUUUGCUGUAGGACGUUCCUUACCAGGAAAACCUUGUACCAUUCGAGAUGCUAUUAGAGUCACUAGAGAACGUAGAAUAGAUUUAUCGGAACGUGGAACCGACAGAAAAGUAUUCCAAUGUCUUGUUGUCGGAGCCAAAGAUGCUGGAAAAACUGUUUUCAUGCAAUCUUUGGUUGGACGAGGGCUCCAAGAGGUUGUGGCGAUAGGACGACGUCACUCUCCCUACGUUAUUCACAAAGUGAAAGUGAAAGAAGAGAGCAAGUAUCUCCUUCUCAGAGAAGUUGAUGUGUUAUCGCCGCAAGAUGCUUUGACUUCUUCUGAAACUGGUGCUGAUGUUGUCGCUUUCUUGUACGAUGUUUCGAACCCCGAUUCAUUUUCUUUCUGUGCUACUAUAUAUCAGAAAUAUUUCAAUAGAACCAAAACUCCUUGUGUAAUGAUUGCAACGAAAGUUGAACGUGAAGAAGUCGAACAGAGAUGGGAAGUAUCUCCUGAGGAAUUCUCUCGUCAGAACGAACUACCACGACCAAUAAAGUUUUCACAUGAUCAAAUCGGAUUGGCUGCAGGACCUGUGUUUGAACAGUUAUCAACGAUGGCAGUGUAUCCCCAUUUAAAGAGAAUUUUCUAUCUUCAUGAUUCGAACAUACUUUCCAAAGUAACAUUCGGAGCAGCUAUAGCAGCUUUAGCUGGUUUUCUGGUGUUCAAAAACUUAUAA